GAGGACCUUUACGACCUCUAUCCUCCCUUCAACCAAAUUCACAACGAAAUUUGUACACAAACAAAAAUGGCAGAAGAAAUUCAAAAUCACACAACAACAAAGCCUCCGAAUCCAUCUUCCUCAUCAUCUUCUUCACAUCAACCCGAUCCUAAGCAGUUACCUCCAUUCUAUGGCUUCACACCACCAAAUGGCGAACUCCCGAAGUUUCCAGUCAUGUACCCAGUUCUUGUUCCUGGUUUAGCCCCUUCACAAGAGGGUCAGGAACAAACGGAUCAUGGACCUGGCUUAUAUGCGGUUCCCACUUUCCCGAAUACGUUUGGGGGACCAAUUGCUGGAUUUCCAUCCAACACUCUCAUCCCUUUUACUUACAAUGUUCCUACCGGGCCAAGUCCUUCUGAAGCCGGAACACAAGGUGAGGAACAAGGGCAAGCGGGACAGCAGCAGCAACCGCAAGCGGGACAACAGAGACAAGUUGUCGUCAGGAGAUUCCAAAUCGCAAUUCAUGUUGAUUUAAUGCUCUUAUUUAAGCUCGCAGCCGUUAUCUUUUUGUUCAACCAAGAUGGCUCAAGAAAAAGGCUUGUCCUACUCAUAUUUGUUGCUUCACUCAUUUAUCUGUAUCAAACGGGAGCUCUUGCACCGUUGAUACGUUGGCUGUCACAAGGAAUGCAGAGGGCGGGUGCACCACCCCAACAACCAAGACCGCCUGCUGUUAGGGCAGAUAACGCCCCUGCAGCCGCUAGGCAAGAAAACGAGAAUGCUCCUUUGUUAGAUGGGCAAGCAGGAGGUGAAAACGAGAACCGGGCUGCAAAUGAAGGUGACGUGAACGAAGAAAACGGAAACAACAACAGAUGGUGGGCGUGGGGGAUCGUAAAGGAGAUACAAUUGAUUGUUUUUGGCUUCAUUACGUCGCUUCUUCCCGGGUUUCAUAACAUCGAUUGAGCUCAUGGUGUAUACACCAUUAUCUAGUAACGGUAAAAAAUCGACAUAUGACUUAACGUUUUUGUAUCUUCAUUUCCUCCCCUUAUAUUGUAAGUCACUUAUAGAAGCUUGUUAAAGAUAGUUUGGUCAUAUGGGUUCCAAUUGUUUGCA